AGUCAUUUAGUAGGUGGGAAUGGGAUGGGACUAAGUCUUAUGGCCGCUUGGGUUUAAUAUCACUCACCCAUUUUCCAAUCUCAAGUCUUUUUUACUCUCUCCUUUUUUCUUUCUUUCUUCAUUUACUUCUUCCUCUCUCUAGAAACUUUCUAAAUUUCUCUCUGCAUUCUAUGCUUCAUGGGCUCUGAAGGAUCCAGGGUGGUUGUUCCUCGGAAUUUUAGAUUAUUGGAAGAGCUUGAGAGAGGUGAAAAAGGGAUUGGGGAUGGAACUGUCAGCUAUGGCAUGGAUGAUCCAGAUGAUUUAUUAAUGCAAUCUUGGACUGGGACCAUUAUAGGUCCACCUAAUACUGUUCAUGAAGGGCGAAUUUAUCAAUUGAAGCUAUUUUGUGGAAAGGAUUAUCCAGAUAAUCCACCAGCUGUUAGAUUCCAAAGUAGGAUAAACAUGACCUGUGUCAAUCCUGAAACUGGAGUGGUUGAAAAGAACCUUCUUCCCAUGCUUGCCAAAUGGCAAAGGGAAUAUACGAUGGAGGACAUAUUGACACAACUGAAGAAAGAAAUGAUGUCAUCACAUAAUAGGAAGCUGGCUCAGCCUCCUGAAGGAAAUGAGGAGGGAAGGACGGAACAAAAGGGGCUAGUCCUGAAAUGUUGUAUUCUUUGAUUCAGAUUUUGGCAAUGAUUGAGGCGUACAGGGAGCAUCGGAUUGCAGUAUGCCGAAGCCUUGUUCUUCACUUAGCUCCGUUUAUAGCUCUUAACAUAGCAAUUUGAAUUUGGCAAGCUCUCAAAAAGCGAGCUUGGUUGUCUAAAGUAAAUGAUGCGUCUUAUGUAUGGAUAAAUCUUGAAGUUGAUGGAUAUUCCCAUAUGGUCUGCUCAGUGUAAAUGAAAUUCUAUAUCAAAGUUUAAGGUGAAAAUAUUAAAUGAUAAUGUACUUAAAUAGAUCACUUUGGUUAUGGGCUUCA